AUGUCCGGCGUGGUGCGGACCCUCAGCCGCUGCCUGCUGCCGGCCGAGGCCGGCGGGGCCCGCGAGCGCCGGGCGGGCGGCGGCGGGGCCCGCGACGCGGAGCGCGAGGCGCGGCGGCGCAGCCGGGACAUCGACGCGGGGCUGGCCCGCGAGCGGCGCGCCGUGCGGCGCCUGGUCAAGAUCCUGCUGCUGGGCGCGGGCGAGAGCGGCAAGUCCACCUUCCUCAAGCAGAUGCGCAUCAUCCACGGCCGCGAGUUCGACCAGAAGGCGCUGCUCGAGUUCCGCGACACCAUCUUCGACAACAUCCUCAAGGGCUCGAAGGUCCUCGUGGAUGCGCGGGACAAGCUGGGCAUUCCGUGGCAGCAUUCCGAGAAUGAGAAGCAUGGCAUGUUCCUCAUGGGCUUCGAGAACAAGGCCGGGCUGCCCGUGGAGCCUGCCACCUUCCAGCUGUACGUGCCCGCUCUGAGCGCCCUGUGGGGGGACUCGGGCAUCCAGGAGGCCUUCCGCCGCCGGAGCGAGUUCCAGCUGGGGGAGUCGGUGAAGUACUUCCUGGACAACUUGGACCGGAUCGGCCAGCUGAACUACUCGCCCAGCAAGCAGGACAUCCUGCUGGCGCGCAAGGCCACCAAGGGCAUCGCGGAGCACGACUUCCUCAUCAAGAAGAUCCCCUUCAAGAUGGUGGACGUGGGCGGCCAGCGGUCCCAGCGCCAGAAGUGGUUCCAGUGCUUCGACGGGGUCACCUCCAUCCUGUUCCUGGUGUCCUCCAGCGAGUACGACCAGGUGCUCAUGGAGGACCGGCGCACCAACCGGCUGCUGGAGUCCAUGAACAUCUUCGAGACCAUCGUCAACAACAAGCUCUUCUUCAACGUGUCCAUCAUCCUCUUCCUCAACAAGACGGACCUGCUGGCGGAGAAGGUGCGGAGCGUCAGCAUCCGGAAGCACUUCCCCGACUUCCAGGGCGACCCGCACCGGCUGGAGCACGUGCAGCGCUACCUGGUGCAGUGCUUCGACCGCCGGCGCCGGAACCGCAGCAAGCCGCUGUUCCACCACUUCACCACCGCCAUCGACACGGAGAACAUCCGCUUCGUGUUCCACGCGGUCAAGGACACGAUCCUGCAGGAGAACCUGAAGGACAUCAUGCUGCAGUGAGGGCCGUCUCCUGCGCGCCCGCGGCCAGCGCCUGUGCGGGGCGCCCGGCGAGGACCUGGGGGCUUCGAUGAGCUACUGAAUCCUGGGGUGUACACUACUGAGACUCCAGGCGGCCACUCCGGUGUCUGUCCUGGCGAGUAGCCGGCUUGCUUCUACAGGACACCUCCCUCUGACAGCAGCACAGGAGUGCGUGUGCGUGUGCGUGUGCUGCGCGCUCUCUGAUGCAAACGCGGACUAGCUGGCCUUGCACACGGCUUUCCCUCUAACCGGCGGGUCUUCCCCGAGACACUAACCCAAAGCUCUGCGUGGCAGUAGUCUGUAGGAGCCAGCGCCGCUAGCGCAGCCCGCUGCCCCUCCGGAGGGCCUCCGUGCACCUCCCAGAGCCAACCGGUUGCCUUUCAAAGCUCCUGUGCCAAUUUCCUGAGCCCGGGGUGCAGGCCAGUCGCUGAAGCCCAGGACCCCAGCCUCGGAGGGUGAGGUGGGACUCCGCAGGGUGUUUGUGCCUUAAUGCCCCAGCUGCGCUGUCCUCCUACCUGUCACCUUGCCCAGGGCGUGUGCACAGGGCUGUCCCUCGCCCCUACCACCCAGUGCACAGCAGUGCUUAUUACUCCGGCCACCCUGCCCUCCCCCACCCUCUGGCAAAGACACACCAAUGGGCCUUGCGGGUGACCGCUCCUCUGCGCGUCACCUUAGCCCUGCGGUUGGCGGCACUGAAGCCAUGGAGGGCUCCUGCCCUCGGGCUUCCGGACGCUGCCGGGUGCCCUGUUCAGCACAGCUGCCUGGCGGGCUGCCCACCCCGACCUUCAGGAAGCCUCAGGCCCUGCACAGACCUGCUCCCUGCAGGCGUCACCACCCUAGUGCCUCUGGCAGCGGGCCCCGGUCCUCGGCCUCCUCUCCGACCAGGGCCGUGUCCAGGCUCCAGCCGCCAGAAUGUCCACACGACGCGUGCUCACUGUCGGCCGUGGCUCCCCUGGGGGGCCCGUGGGCUGCUCAGUGGCACCCAGUCAGGGUCCCCUACCUGCCAGUGCCACACUGUAAAAGUGCA